GCCGGGCCGGGCCGGGCCGGGCGGCGCCUGGUCGUGAGGAAAGGCGUGGAAGGCGGGGGCGAGUCGGGCGGCAUCAUGAGCGUCGGCGGCUCGGACCGCAACGAGGACUUCCAUCAGCAGCUGCGGCUGCAGGAGCUCUACGGGCGGAAGGAGGGCGAGGGCGGCGAGGACCCCUACACCUACACGGACCCCGCCGACGGCACGCAGUACGAGUGGGACCUCGAGAAGAAGGCCUGGUUCCCCAAGGUCACUGAAGAUUUCUUGGCAACAUACCAUGCCAACUAUGGCUUUCCCACUGAAAGUUCAGAUACCUCGGCAUCCGUUGCAAAGACUGAAUCUAAACCUGCACCAGAUUCAAAGGCCGCCAAGGCUCAGCAGCCGGUAGAACCCAAAACGUCGCAGCCAACAGAUCCUAAACAGAAAGGAGAAAAAAGAAAACCCGAAGCAGGAUGGUUUCAUGUUGAAGAACAGAAAAAUACAAAUGUAUAUGUGACAGGUUUACCACCAGACAUUACAAAAGAUGAGUUUGUAGACGUUAUGUCAAAGUGUGGUAUCAUUAUGCGUGAUCCUCAAACAGAGGAGCCAAAAAUCAAACUUUACAAAGACAAAGAAGGAAAUCUUAAAGGCGAUGGGCUCUGUUGUUAUUUAAAGAGAGAAUCUGUUGAACUUGCACUGAAAUUGUUGGAUGAAAAUGAAAUCCGAGGCUACAAACUACACGUGGAAGUUGCGCAGUUCCAGCUUAAAGGGGAGUAUGAUGCCAGCAAGAAGAAAAAGAAGUGCAAAGAUUACAGGAAGAAGCUUUCCCAGCAACAGAAACUGCUGGAUUGGAGGCCAGAGAAGAAAGAGGGGAGUGUUAGAUUGCGACACGAGCGUGUCAUCAUUAUCAGAAACAUGUUCCACCCCAAAGAUUUUGAGGAGGACCCCUUGGUGCUAAAUGAGAUCCGAGAAGAUCUACGGACAGAGUGUGAAAAAUUUGGUCAAGUAAAGAAAGUCAUUAUAUUUGAUAGGCACCCUGAUGGAGUAGCAUCAGUAUCCUUUAAAGAAGCCGAAGAGGCUGAUGUUUGCAAACAGGCACUCAGCGGACGAUGGUUUGGUGGACGGCAGCUCUGCGUGGAAACGUGGGAUGGUGUAACUGAUUACCAGGUUGAAGAAACCUCACGGGAAAGAGAAGAGAGACUGAAGGGGUGGCAAGAAUUUUUAGGUGAUCCUGACCAAGAACUGCCUAAAAGGCCACCGGGAGCAGAUCCUCCAGGAACCGGCCAGCAGCUGUCGAAAGGAGUUCCGCCUUCCCAAGAUAACGGGGCCUCUGAAGCGGAUGUGAAGGCGGAAGCAGCUGAGCGAGGAGGCGACAGCGAGGCAGCCGGCGAAGACGUUGCAGCGUCCACAGACAGCAGCGUCGCAGGCAGUGAUGAAGAAGCAGAGACGUAACGCCCCUUGCUCCUCGUAGAAAGCAUGAGCCCGGGGAUCCCCGACUCCUCUGUUACCCUUUGCUCUGACGCAGUUGCAGGCUGCACUUGAAUGGAUGAAUAUAUAUAUAUAUAUGCGCACGUUUCUUUGUUAGGGUGUCAUCAACGUGCUUUUGAGGUAUUCCAUUAAAAGCAGUAUUUAGUUUCAUGUGUGUGUGUGCGCGCGUCUGUGUGUAUAUAUAUAUAUCUUCAUAUAUUCAUGUCUGGCUGUGACUGAAGCUGCGUGUGUGUCAUAAGUUGCCAAGAAUCCUGCUGAACUGACCAGCUGUCUUAAGUCAUACCUUUGCUUGUCAGUGUUCAAAGUCCAUCCCCGUGAAGUAGGUACAAACCUCUAAUUCCCCUUAACUACACAGCAACCUUUAGAAACACAGGAAUGAAUGCUUUCCAGUGUCUGCCCUAAUUCCAGCCCCUUCCAACCUGCUGAUACUCUCCCUGUAUGAUACGAAUUCUUGCCUGCCUUGGAUGCACCAGUGUGUGUUUGGAACAGCUGGUUUUCCUGAUGUUAGUGAUUUUAAAGUAACAGAUCAUUGAAGAUGGAUUAGCGCUCUCCAUGGCCAAGAGAGAUUAGAAAGAUCACGCUCUGAAAAUGCUAUUCUGGUGUGUAAAGCUCCUUGUAAUUCAUGUCCUUCGUUAAUAUAGACAUUUGACGCUGAGGAAAGCUAGGUAAUAAAUGGGAAAAAGAAUGUAAAUAAGAUGAACUCUCUUCUUCACUUUUUUAAAUUUCUGAUUUGAUUGACUCGUUGGAAACAUGCAGAGUGCAUGUGUGUUGGAAGCGUGGUUCCUGCCUUGCCCCGGUGUUAACUGUUCGAAUAUAGUUGGAUUUCAAGCAUUUGUCAAGACUGAGUAUAUGAAGCCUGUAUUUUUUAUACUGGAUUGAUUAUAGGAGAUUCUACGAAUAAAAUUGUUUUGAGAUUCAUUCCCAAAA